UUUGGAAUCACACUCUGCAAAUCUGACCUUUCUCUAUCCCCUAUCUAAAAAAGAGAUCAACGUAGAGAACUUGCAGACGAUAACUUUUUUUUUCUUUUUUUUGGAAAAAACGCAGACGAUAACUUUCCCGGGAAAACUCCAGAAAAUGUGCGACCCAGACGAUGAUACCGCCGCCAGAAACGGCGUCACACCUCCAGCGUCGUCAUCAAGGUCAAGGGAGCUUCUGAUGGACGUAGACGACUUGGAUCUCGACGGUUCAUGGCCUCUCGAUCAAAUCCCUUACAACUUAUCAUCCACAUCGAACCGCAUGAUUUCUCCGAUUUUCGUCUCCUCUUCCUCCGACCAGCCUUGCUCCCCUCUCUGGGCGUUCUCCGACGGCGGAGUGAACGGUAACCACGCAACCGCAGGUGGAUACGACGGUGAGAGGAUUAGCUCCGCCUCCGGUGUUUCUUCUUCUUCUUUCAGUCUCGCCGAUUAUCCUCUCUUUCUCCCUUACUCUUGUCCAUCAGUUGCAGCUGAAAACACAGCAGAGAAGCAAAACGGUUUCCAGAUUCCUCCUCCGUUGAUGAGCUUAGAGAACACAGGCAACAACUACUGUCUGAUCAAAGAGAGGAUGACUCAGGCGCUUCGCUACUUCAAAGAAUCAACCGAACAACAGCAGCACGUCUUGGCUCAGGUCUGGGCUCCUGUGAGAAAGAACGGUCGUGAGUUACUGACGACUUUGGGUCAACCUUUUGUUCUUAAUCCUAACGGUAACGGCCUUAAUCAAUACAGGAUGAUCUCUCUCACCUAUAUGUUUUCUGUGGAUAGUGAUUGUGACAUUGAGCUCGGGCUCCCCGGCCGGGUUUUCCGCCAGAAGUUGCCUGAGUGGACUCCAAAUGUUCAGUACUAUUCCAGCAGAGAGUUCUCCCGGCUUCACCACGCCUUGCAUUAUAACGUGCGCGGUACGCUUGCCUUGCCUGUCUUUAAUCUCUCGGGUGAGUCAUGCAUUGGUGUUGUGGAACUUAUCAUGACCUCGGAGAAGAUUCACUAUGCACCCGAAGUGGAUAAAGUCUGCAAAGCACUUGAGGCGGUGAAUCUGAAAAGCUCGGAAAUACUUGAUCACCAAACAACUCAGAUAUGCAAUGAGAGUCGUCAAAACGCACUUGCGGAGAUUCUGGAAGUGCUUACAGUUGUGUGCGAGACCCAUAACUUGCCUCUGGCUCAAACUUGGGUUCCAUGCCAGCAUGGGAGCGUUCUCGCCAAUGGUGGCGGUCUAAAGAAAAACUGCACCAGUUUUGACGGCAGCUGCAUGGGCCAAAUAUGCAUGUCCACAACCGAUAUGGCCUGCUACGUCGUGGAUGCUCAUGUCUGGGGAUUUAGAGAUGCCUGCCUUGAACACCAUCUCCAGAAAGGACAGGGAGUUGCGGGACGAGCUUUCCUCAACGGUGGCUCGUGUUUCUGCAGAGACAUCACCAAGUUCUGCAAAACGCAGUAUCCGCUAGUCCAUUAUGCGCUUAUGUUCAAGUUAACCAGUUGUUUUGCAAUCUCUCUCCAGAGCUCUUACACGGGCGACGAUAGUUACAUUCUCGAAUUCUUUCUUCCCUCGACUAUAACAGACGAACAAGAGCAAGAUUCGCUGCUGGGAUCUCUGUUGGUGACAAUGAAAGAACAUUUUCAGAGCCUGAGGGUUGCAUCUGGGGUUGACUUUGGUGAAGAUGACGACAAAUUGUCUUUCGAGAUCAUCCAAGCAUUACCGGACAAGAAGAUUCAUUCAAAAAUAGAAUCCAUUCGAGUUCCCUUUUCUGGUUUCAAGUCACAGACGAGAGAUGAGACUCCUCAGCCUGCGGUUCAGUCUUCUGAUCCAGUAAACCGGAAAACCAAGGUGGCCACUGUUAAUGGUGUGGUUAAGGAGAAGAAAAAAACAGAGAAAAAGCGUGGAAAGACUGAGAAGACGAUCAGUCUUGAUGUACUUCAGCAGUAUUUCACCGGAAGUCUCAAAGACGCUGCAAAGAGCCUAGGAGUUUGCCCGACGACAAUGAAGCGAAUUUGCAGACAACACGGCAUCUCGCGGUGGCCAUCGAGGAAGAUCAAGAAAGUGAAUCGGUCAAUCACAAAGCUGAAACGCGUCAUCGAAUCUGUUCAAGGUACUGAUGGAGGCUUCGACCUGACUUCGAUGGCCGUUAGUUCCAUCCCUUGGACAAACGGCCAAACAGCAGUACAGCCUCUAAAUUCACCCAGCGGCUCCAAACAGCCAGAGCUACCAAACACCAAUCAUUCACCUAACCACUGGUCAAGUGAUCACAGUCCUCAAGAGCCAAAUGGUUCGCCUGAGUUACCAAGCAAUGGUCAUAAGCGGUCACGAACGGGGGAUAAGAGCGCUGGGACACCGACCUCUCACGGCUCAUGUGACGGUAAUCAAUUAGACGAAACAAAAGUCCCGAACCAAGAUCCGCUAUUCACGGUCGGUGCAAUGCCCAACAGACUUCUUGGUAACAUAGACCAUUUCAGAGGAAUGCCCAUUGAAGACGCUGGAAGUUCAAAAGAUCUGAGAAACCUCUGCUCCUCCUCCACACCAUUCCACGAUAAGUUUCCGGAACAAAAGUGGAUGAACAAUGAUAAUAACAGCAACAACAACAUGUACGCUCCUGCAAAGGAAGAGGCUGUUGCAAAUACUACACGCGAACCAUCAGGCUCGGAAAUGAGAACGGUAACCAUCAAAGCAAGUUACAAAGAAGACAUAAUACGGUUCAGGAUAUCAUCUGGUUCGGGUAUAAUGCAGUUGAAAGAUGAAGUGGCAAAGAGGCUGAAACUUGAGGCAGGUACGUUUGAUAUCAAGUAUCUGGACGAUGAUAACGAAUGGGUUUUGAUAGCUUGUGAUGUUGAUCUUCAAGAAUGUCUAGAGACUCCUAGAUUGUCCCAUUCUAAUAUAGUACGGCUCCUGGUGCAUGAUGUAACAACGAACCUCGGGAGCUCUUGUGAGAGUACUGGAGAAAUGUAACUCUUUUGUAAAUAGUUCUUUUUAGAAUAUUUUUAUUGUUUAGGGGUUGUUUGUUUUAUUCUGUUCUGUAAUAUUGUUUUUGGGUUGAGGAACAAGCAAGAAUGUUAGGGGAAGGGGGGUACAAAAGUGUAAGAAAAACUUUUGUUUGUAAUUGUAAUCGUAAGUGGGAGAGUGAGUUUAGAAGUAAAUUGUAGUUGUAAUCAAACACGCGCAUCUGACUGAUGUAUGAUAUAUAACGUAAUGGGAGUAUAUAAUU